GUACAUUUUCACCUUUGUUUUGCUUGUCUGGUUUCGUGUGGUUUCAUUUUGCUAACCAGGAAGACAUCACAUUCACAUUCACAAAGUGUAAACCAUUUUUGAUCGACAACAUCAGCUUUCUUUUCAGUUUUGAACAGUUAAAUUGAAGUCUUUUGAAUGAGUGAUAAACUGUUUCAUUCAAGGUAUCAGUCUUUGAACUCACUGUUGGCUCUUGUCUUGGUUCUACCUUUCAUUCCAAUCAUAGCUUCAGGUAACCAAUCAAACUUGCGUAAUCUAUAAAAUGAGAUAAUCUAUGACGAACUCUGGAGACUUUUGUUACAUUCUGUUGAAAAAAAAAGUUUUGAAAAGAGAGUUGAAGAAAAGACCAUGGAUCCCAACAGAGAUCAGAAACCAUGUCCCAAGGAACUUGAGAUGUGUCUUGAGCAGGCCAGGCCUGGAAGUAACUCGUCCAACAAUGAUGACCUUUGUGUGGCAAGAGCGUCCUCAGAUUUUGAGAAUGGAAACGAAGAGCUGGCUGAUAAAAACGUUUCCAAGGAUUCAUCCUCGCAGAUUAAUGACCCGAGUUUCCAGUCAGGAGGUGAAACAUCGUCGGCGCCACAGCCGUCGACCGAUUGCGUCACUAUCAUCGGUUUGAAAGGAAACGGCAGGGGUUACAUCAUCGAAGGUUACAUCUUCAUUCGAGAUCGGUGUCGGAAUGGCAACAUGUACCUCAAAUGCCGGAAUCGUUCGUGUAAAGCACGUGCCAUCAUCAGUCGGUUGAACUACGUGUCGCUGGCUGGAUCUUGCCACGAGCCGCUAUGCCCUCCAGCGGGUAACCUCAUAAACUACAACUGUUUGAGUCAGAUCAUCCCAACCUGCCAGGACGCCAUUCCACCAAAGCUUGGCAUAAAUUCUCUGUCUGCGAGAGACUAUUUUUUUCCAGAAGUGCUUCCGGAAUCCGGCGAAUCGGAAAACUUUCACGUGAGCUGUCUGUAUCCAAACGGUGAUGACUUUCCUGAUCAGACCGACGCCCGCAGCAACCCUAAUGACAGUGGAGAUGUUGACGGUUACAUCAACGCUGAUGAAGAGGAAGACGUUGAUCAGGACUAUUCGCAUCCUUCCUCCGCGUCUUACUCUUCGCUACGAUUGCACCAUGCGUCCGCGCUGCCUCUUCAGUCGCGACCCAUGAAACGCAUCAGAUACCGAGACGAAGACAGUGCGGCGAGAAGCAGUCGCCCGUAUCCUGUCGGCAUCAACCCCAUCGCACAUAUGAUGGAAAAAGUCCCAGAGGCCGGUCUUGAUGAGGAAGGACCGCCCACCAAAAAGCACCAAGCCCAUCCUCCAAAACAGCAAUUUGUCGCACCCAGGCAAAACUCCCAACAAAUACAGGCCAUUUUUAGAGCUUUCAGUGAAGUACGCAAGAAAGUGAAACAACUUCAGAAAUACCAGAAUUUCCCGCCUCUGAAGAAUGACUUGAUUCUCCGAGCAGCGAGAGGAGAGAAGACAGAGCGAGUACCAGUCUGGGUCAUGAGGCAGGCUGGGCGAUACCUCCCAGAGUUUCAAGCUACAAGAAAGGAGCAUGAUUUUUUCGAAAUAUGCCAGACACCGGAACUUGCCUGCGAAGUCACACUACAGCCCAUCGCCCGCUUUGAUUUGGAUGCGGCUAUCAUCUUCUCAGAUAUUCUCGUUAUCCCCCAAGUCCUCGGCAUCCAUGUAGAUAUGGUCACCGGAAAGGGUUUGGUCUUUGACAACACCUUGACUUCCCCAGAGGAUCUGGCCAGACUCCACAGUGACGUUGACGUCACUGAUGCCCUGAGCUACGUCUUUGAUGCCAUCACGUUGACCAGGCGGCGACUGGAAGGGAAGGUUCCACUCAUAGGCUUCUCUGGGGCACCGUGGACACUUAUGGGUUACUGUAUUGAAGGUACAGGGAACUCGACCACACUAAGCAAAGCUAAGAAAUGGCUGUAUGCUCAUCCAGAGCAGAGUCAUAAGUUACUGCAGCUACUGACAGACAAGAUAGUGGACUACCUGGUGGGACAGGUGCUGGCAGGUGCACAGCUCUUACAGGUGUUCGACUCUAACGUCGGCGUGUUAGGUCAUGACCUCUUCAUGACCUUUGCCCUUCCUUACCUGAAGGAGAUCGUAACCAGAGUGAAGAGCACUCUGCGAGAGACAAACAACGAACCAGUCCCCAUGAUUGUGUUUGCCAAGGGCUGCCACUACGCUAUUGAGGAGCUUUCUAAAAUAGGAUAUGAUGUCAUCAGCUUGGACUGGACCAUUCAGCCGGAGGUAGCAAGGGCCAAAGCCUCGUCCGAUGUUUCACUGCAGGGGAACCUAGAUCCCUGCGCCAUGUACAGCAGCAAGGACGACAUUGAGGGCCUUGUGGGUAAGAUGCUGAACCGGUUCGGCACGCAGCGUUACAUCGCCAACUUGGGUCACGGCGUGUACCCUGAUUUUGAUCCGGAGCACGUCAGAACCUUUAUAGACACGGUUCACGCUCAGUCCGAAGCGAUCAACAAACGGGACGCAAAGGGAAGUGGAAGAUGAUACAGACAAGGUUUCAAACGGAAAAGUUUAACCCUUUCCCUCCGAGAUCCUUAAAAAAAUCCUAGAGGUUUUUGAAAUAUUUUGCAGGAUUGAGGAGCUAAAGUGCAUAUUUUUUUAUUUUACAAGGGCUUUGACGUCCAUUGAAAGUUUAGGUGCAAAGAAUUUGCCUUUUGGUACCUGCAUGGUGAAGGACUUUGGAGAAAGGAUGGUAGAAAAGGCUACAUAUUAACAUGAUUAAUCUUGAUUUGAACACUCAAAUACCAAAUUCUGCUAUUUCAAGCAACUCAACCAAUAUCUAAGCAGAAUACUUGAUAAUUUGUUUGCAAUUUUGUUGAAAAACAUUCCAUUUAUUUCCUCUGUAUGAUUUUUUGAAGAAAAAUGAGUUAAACUGGAGAACAAACUGGCUUCCUGUAGAAUACGUUAACCCUGCUAAAUGCAACAGAAAACAACUAAGGUAAAAAGUUGUUGCAAAGUGUUGCAUGUAGCAGGCAGCUUAAGUCCCGGUGCUUGUUGCAUCUUGUUGCAUUUAGCAUUGUAACUGCUCAUAGUGCCAAGGCAGUACAGAAUCCACUGUUGCAUUUGGUUGCAUUUAGCAGGGUAACUGCUUGUUGCCAAGGCUGGUAUGCAAUAGGUUCACUGCACAAUGCAACAUAAUCCACUGUUGCAGUUUGUUGCAUUUAACAGGGUAACUGCUUGGUGCCAAGGUUGGUAUGCACUGGGUUCACUGCACAACGCAACAGAGUCCACUGUUGCAAUUGGUUGCAUUUAGCAGGGUUCUUAUUUCAGCCACGUUGCAUUUUGUUGCAUUUGGCAUGGUGCCUAGAGAAAACUGGUUGGGGUUAGGGUUCAGGACAAAAGUCAUGUGUUCCUUGCAUGUGUGUAAAGUCCAAUACUUAAGCAUUUCCUUUUUGCUUGUCAAAGGAUUUUUAAAAAAAAGUUGAUAUACAGUGAGUUUGGUUUAUUUUAAUAUUGUUUUUAAUUUUAAUAUUUUUUCAGGAGGAACUAAAUAUCAACAAAAAUCAUGGUAUAGAAAAGUAAAAUUCAUUGAAGUGCCUAGAUAAUUUCAUUUUUUUUUGGCACAGAAAUUUAUAUUUUAAAUUAAGCACUGCACAUUAUAAUCACUUCAAAUGACAUGUCCAGUAACAUACACAAUUGUUGAGGGUUUUUAAUUGCUUGCUGACAAAAGGUUUAUUCAGUUGAUUUUUCCCCCAUUUUUUUAGUCUUUAUACCUUAUUAUACCUUAUUACGCUAUUAUAUUUAUUGUUUUAGUUAAAUUUUACUUUACAAUUUACAAAAAUCUAAAUAUUUAAAACUAAUCUAAUAGAUAUGGCAUUACACUUAACAUUAACUAGUGUUCAUUGUUUACUAUACAUGCUAUUAUGUAGUGUCUCAAACAAGUUCUCAUUGUUGGACCUUAACACAAAGCAAAAUUGUGUCGGUUAAAUUUGUAAAAAUGGAUAUCGUGCAAAACCAUUGUAAAGAAAAAUCUUGCAUAUUCUGGAAAAUCACAUUUGUUUUCAAAAAUAAAAUCUGCUGAACAAAAGUGAAAGGAGAAACCUUUUAGGAGUCAAUAGUCGAUUUGCAUGUUUUUGUAAGAAUAAAAAAAGUUUCCAAAUUCUGCA